AUGCCCAGAGAAGCCGAGCCAUCAGCAAAUGAGAAGGCCUUCGUCACACAAGCUCUCAAGGAGAACUUGAGGCUUGACAGCCGCGAAUUCGACCAAUACCGAAAAGUUCAACUCACUUUCGGUGAUGAGUAUGGAGUGGCCAAUGUAGAGCUGGGCAAGACGACGAUACUCGUCAAAGUCUCAGCAGAAGUUACAGUCCCCUAUGCAGACCGCCCAUUUGAGGGCAUCUUCCAAAUCGUCACUGAGCUGAGCCCCAUGGCGUCGCCGGCCUUUGAGGUCAAUCGCCCAACUGAAGCCGAGGUCCUGCUCUCACGCCUGCUCGAGAAGACAAUCCGCCGGUCCGGCGCCCUCGACACCGAGUCGCUGUGCCUCGUCGCCGGCCAAAAGGUCUGGUCCGUCCGCGCCGACGUCCACGUCCUCUCCCACGACGGCAACCUCACCGACGCGGCCUGUCUCGGCGUCAUCGCCGCCCUGCGCCACUUCCGCAAGCCAGACACCAGCAACGAGGGUGAGGCCCUCACCAUCUUCACCCCGGCAGAGCGCGAACCGGUGCCCCUGAGCUGGCUGCACAGCCCUUUCUGCGUCACUUUCAGCUUCUACGGCGACGAGGGCGAGAUCACCCUCAUCGACGCCAACUGGCUCGAGGAGCAGCUGCGGACAAGCAGCCUGACGGUCAGCUUGAACAAGCACGGAGAGAUUAGCCAGAUUUCCAAACUCGGAGGGACGCCCGUGGAGGCGGUGACGCUGCUGCACUGCGGCAACGUGGCGCUGCAAAAGGCCAAGGAUUUCUCGACGCUGGUGGACGAGAAGCUCGCGGACGACGCCAAGCGGAGGGACAAGGGCGGUCUCAUCUCGGAGCUGUUGUCUGCGGAGAAUGACAGAGUAGUGGACGCAUAG